AUGAUCAAAAAUAUAAGUAAUUUAAUAACUAAAUCAAGAUAUAUAUCAAACUAUAGAUCAUAUAAUUAUAGUACAAACAAUGUUAAUAAUGUAAAUAGUAAUAGUAAUACAACAAAGAAUACUUUCAGCUCAAUGAAAGAAGAGGAAAUAAAGUUCUUUAAUGGUAUGGCAAAAGAUUGGUGGGAUAUAAAUGGACCGAUGAGACCACUACACAAAAUGAAUCCAGUUAGAGUUCAAUAUAUGGUUGAUCGUUUGAAACAGAGUGGUGUCAUCAAAACUAGUGGUGGUGGUGGUAGUGGUAAAUCGUUGGCAGGCUUGAAGAUCAUCGAUGUCGGAUGUGGUGCUGGUUUACUAACAGAGUCAUUCAGUAGAUUGGGUGCAGAUGUAGUUGGUCUCGAUGCUGCUGGCAAUAACAUAUCGAUGGCAAUUGCACAUGCCAAACAAGAUAAAACACUCUCUGACAACAUCGAUCGCAACACACUCCAAUACAUUGAAUCUACAGUCGAGCAACAUGCAAUCGAUCACCACUCAUCGUACGACAUCGUAACAACCAUGGAAGUAGUUGAACACGUUGAAAAUGUACCUGAAUUUAUUAAACAAUGUACAUCUCUAAUUAAACCAGGAGGAUGCUUCUUUUUAUCAACAAUGAAUAAGACUACAUUGGCAUAUCUAACUACAAUUGUUGGAGCAGAAUACAUAUGUAAAUUCGUACCUGUAGGUACACAUCAUUGGGAUCAAUACGUUAAACCAGAGGAUCUACAAUCCUAUCUAUCUGGCAACCAAGUGAAUCUUAAAGAUAUCUCUGGUUUAUUCAUGAACCCACUUACAAUGAAUUGGUCACUUAUCAACAAUACCAAUGUUAAUUAUAUUUUAUUUGCAAUGAAAUCAACAACAUCAACAACAAACAACAGUUGA